AUGGCUAACAAUAUUAGGAGAGCAUUACAAGAUAUCAAUCUUGGUGCUGAUGAUGCCCCUUUCAUCUUACCAACGGCGGUGGUGCGUCGAGCGGAAGAAGAAAACAGAUUUAUCCUGAUUGGACACCCGGUGAUGCCUCGCAAGCAAAAUCUACGAGCAAUUGUUGCAACAAUGCCUCGAAAUUGGGGUUUUGAUGGUUUGGUUCGUGGCAGAAUCAUUGAAGGUAGACGAUUCCAGUUUGUGUUCCCCACUGAAGAAGCGAUGGAUACGGUGCCUAGGAGAGGACCGUGGACGUUUGCAGACCGUAUGUUGGUGCUUCGGAGGUGGACUCCACUCAUGGAUAUGGAAAUGUUAAACUACAUUCCAUUCUGGAUCCAAAUAAGAGGGAUUCCACUUCAAUUCAUGAAUCGUGAUGUCAUUGUUCACAUUGCUCGUACGUUGGGAGACUACAUACAGAUGGAUUACAGUGAGGAGAAUGGUAGCCGCAUGGAGUAUGUGCGAGUGCGCAUCAAUUGGAAUGUUAAUCAACCCCUCAAGUUUAUGAGAAACUUCCAAUUCUCACCAGGAGUCAACACUUUACUGCGGCUUCAGUAUGAGAUAUUGCGCGGUUUCUGUGAAGAGUGUGGUAUGAUCACACACGACUCUGGAGCUUGUCUGAUUCAAAAUGGUGGUGUUGGUAACGUUGAAGAAGAUGAUGAUAGUGGAGAUGAAGACGCUGACCUAGAGAUUGUCCCAAAUCAGGGUGUUAUCAUUGAAGAGAUCAAUGAGGAAGCGAAUGAUGAGGUAGCUGUGGAUGAUAUGGUCGAGGACCAAAAUGUGGAGGCAGAUGGGCACCAUGAAGACGUAGAAGAGGAACCUCAGGAUAAGGAGCAAGAGGAAUAUGAAAGGAACAUCAGAGCAAUGGAGGAGGAAGCAGACGAUGAGUACUUCUAG